AUGCUGAGACGAGCUGGGAUUAAGGUCACUGUUGCUGGCCUGGCUGGAAAAGACCCGGUGCAGUGUAGUCGUGAUGUUGUCAUUUGUCCUGAUGCCAGUCUUUUAAAAUACAAAAAAGAGGGACCUUAUGACAUGGUGGUUCUACCACGAGAUAAUCUGGGUGCACAGAAUUUAUCCGAGUCUGCUGCCAUGAAAGAGAUCCUGAAGGAGCAGGAAAAGCGGAAGGGCCUUAUAGCCGCCAUCUGUGCAGGUCCUACUGCCCUGUUGGCUCAUGAAAUAGACUUUGGAAGCAAAGUUAAAACACACCCACUUGCUAAAGACAAAACGAUGAAUGGAAGUCAUUACAGCUACUCUGAGAAUCGUGUGGAAAAGGAUGGUCUGAUUCUUACACGCCAUGGUCCUGGGACCAGCUUCGAAUUUGCUCUCGCAAUUGUUGAGGCACUGAGCGGCAAGGAGGUGGCCGACUAA